GCGGCUCCGCCGCUUCCCUUUUCGUGAAGCGACAUGCGAAUUCUGCCAAUCCUGCGUGAUGCGGCCGGAAAGGUCCCCCCAGCAGGGACCGCGCUCGACACUGGUGCGCUGAUCACUGAGUUUGGGUUUGCAGACGAUGUUACUCACUCUCUGGUGGAAGCCUACCGCGAGGAUCAAUUUAUGUUCGAGAUCACUCGCAGACUCGAGGCGAAGGACAAAAUUACUUCUGCCGAGUUUGAGUUGGUCAACGGUUUGUCGUUCCUUGAGAAGGCCGGGAAUAAACGUUUGUGUGUUCCCAAUAGGGAGUCUUUGCGUAGUUUAUUUUUAGGUGAGUGUCAUGAUGCCACCGGACAUUUUGGCUCCAAGAAGACUGCAGCCAAUCUGCUGCAGCGGUUCUGGUGGCCCACGAUGAUGAGAGAUGCCAAGUUGUACGUGGAGACUUGUCAGGUCUGCCAAAGAGACAAGCCCCGUACACAGGCCCCUCUUGGGCUCCUCAAGCCCCUUCCGAUACCGGAAAGGUCUGGUGAGAGCCUGUCCAUGGACUUCAUGGACACACUGGUCACCAGCAAGAGUGGAAUGAGACACAUGUUUGUCAUUGUGGAUAGGUUUAGUAAGUAUGCUAGGUUAGUUGCAAUGCCGGAAACAGCAAAGAUUGAGUACGUCAUUAGACUGUUCAAGGAGAACUGGGUCAGAGAUUUUGGAUUGCCAAAGUCUAUCGCCGAUAUUAGGCGCAUUGCGCCGGAAGGCUGUACGGCUUGGGAUGCCGUGGCGAUGGCGGAAUGUAUGAUUGGUGAUGAGAGCAUGCUGAUGUGGCAUUUGGCUGAGGUGGCACUGCAUUGCAUUGUGGCUGGUACCGAGGCUACGACCGGUCAUCAAAUGCACACACACUCAGCUCAAUUGGUGAGAAAUCUGUGGUUGGGGACAGCUAUCUCCAGCGGGUCAGACACCGAUGAGGGUAGAGUUGACGAUGUGAGGCUGACACGUUCGAGAUCACUUAGGGUCCCGCACGUGUAUCAGGCCCUACGGUCGGGGGACGAAAGACGGCUUCGUGCCGAAGCUAGAGCCCGUGCUUACGCAGCAGCGAGGGAAACGGCACUAGCUGCAAGUCAGGCGUUGGCAACAGCAAACGCCGCAGCUAGGGAACGGGCAGCAGCAGCAGCCACUGCAGCAGCAAUGGCUACCGCGGCAGCAUCCUCUGCUGCAUCCUCGUCUCGGACCCAAUUGGGAAUGCCCCCUGGGCCCACGGGUACUUCCGGAUCAGUAGGUUCUAAUCAGUCCACAAGUCAAAUGGCGGGCUCGCAGUUCAAUCCGUUGACCCCAUGCGGCAGGGAGCUAUUAGAGCUCCAACAAGUCGAAAGGAUCCGCGCUCGGUUAGAGAGGGAACUGAAGCAAGCAACCGAUAGAGAAAAGGAGAUCAAAAAUAGAACAGCUAGGCUUGAUACGUUAGAGGCAGACAAAGCUACAUUAGAGGGUUUCGACGAGUCAGUCAUGUCUGAUGAAAUGAAAGUGUUGAAGGCCAGCAUACUGUCGCUGCAUGCGCACGUGGACAGUAGGUUGGAUUUUAUGCAGAAUUUCUUGGACCAAAUCUUGGACCUUCUGCAAAGGCCAGGAUUACGUCCAGCAGCACAGUCGCCGUUGCUGUUAACGGCGAUGUCAGGCCCCUUUCCGGUACAAGCUGACACACAACCAAGUGGUACGUCUGCAGCAGCCGCACAGACUGUUGCUUCUUCUUCUUUUGGUCCAACGGCUGGAGUUACACCACAGCCGCAACAAACUGUUCCACCACAGGGACAGCAGCAAAGUCCAUGGUACCCAAAGACCCCAAUGAAACCGCCCCUUGCCUUCUCCGGUGUGAAGAAGGACGAGGAACUCAACACUUGGUUGAGAACAGUUCCAAUGUGGGUAAGGACAAAGAGGACAUUGCAGGAGGAGGAGGUGAUUACUGCUGCAUCUUACCUUGAGGGUAAGGCAACCAAAUGGCUGGAUGGGAUAGUAGCGAAGGCCGGGUUCGGACGACGCAUGGCAGACUGGGGUAAGACCCUCCCUUUAGAAGAGUUCUUGGAUAUGGUAGAAGCUCGCUGGCAUAAUCCGCAGGCGAUGUUGAGACUGGACCAGCGAAAGUACAAGUCAGUCAGAGAGCUAAUGUCUACCGUAAAGAACCUCAUCGUCGUUCCGGGUAUACGCUACGAUGACCAGGUCUUAUUGACCAUGUUUCUAAGAUGUAUGCCCGAGAAUCUCAGGACUUUGUUGGCCAGCGAGGCUCGCCUCGAGUAUCAUUCCUUUGAUACCUUCUCUAGAAAGGCCUUAGAUUUGGAGGCUACUCUAGGAAGUGCUCAACCUACUCCAGUAGAUGGGAGGAAGAAGAAGAGUCCUCAGGAAUGGAAGAAGAAGGGUAGUAGAUUGAUGAUGGUUGAGUCCGAUGGGACUCAAACUGAAAUCAAAGAACUUACCGACCUGAUAGGCGGUUCAGAGUACGAUGGCGAGGAAGUAGCUAAGGGUAGCACCCUCGCCGGAGUUGUAAAGACUAAGGCAGGUGGCCGAGCCUUAGAAGAUGUAGAAAGUGAGUGGUCAAGCAAGGACCCUCGCGAAUCUUGGGUGGCACUAAGUAAAGGUCCUAGAGGGGAACAUUUCGUCGUGGAAGUUGUUGUAGGAGGCCGCAAAUAUGGUGCCUUCAUAAACAUCGGCUCCACGCGGAAUUACAUAAGUCGCGACUGUUUGGAAAGGCUGCACCUAAAGGACCAGGUACAACACCUUAGUAGACCGGUAGCAUCUACUUUGGCCAACAAGGAGCGCAUGGUUGUCACAGACUAUAUCAAGGAUGUAGUCUAUACCUUCUCCUAUGGAGGAGGGGAACUUAAUCACAAGAUUUCGUUUCUGGUUAGCGACGACUUACCAUUUGAUAUGUUGUUAGGAAUGUACUACCUUGAGGUUGCCAAGCCCCAGUUUGACUGGGACAAGAAGGUGCUAAAGCAUAAGUUGCCUGAUGGAAGGACCGUGAGACUGGCUAAGUACAAGGCCAAUAGUUUAAUAGAAACCUAUGGCUGCUUGUGUGCAUCAGCGUUCUACAAUUACUAUAAACAGAACCAAGAGGAGGGUAUGUACCUAGUGUAUGUCUCUGAGAAAGGGGAGGCCGUUAAAACACCCCCACAGAUAGAACACGUCGUUGCUAAGUUCCCUGAUCUGUUCAAAGAGCCCACAGGAGUCGUAGAUAGGGAGAUUGUCCAUGCCAUAGAAAUGAUUCAAGGGAGUAAAACCCCAAAGGGAAGGAUCUAUAGGAUGGCUCCGGCCGAGUUGCACGAACUUCGGCGACAACUGAAAGAGCUGACAAAAAAGGGUUGGAUACGGUCGAGUACUUCCCCCUUCGGAUCUCCAGUGCUAUUUGUACCAAAGAAGGGGGGAACAUUGAGGAUGUGCAUUGAUUACAGAGGCCUCAAUGCCAUCACAAUGAAGAACGCAGAGCCUCUACCUCGCAUAGACGACCUAUUGGAUAGGGUGCAGGGAUGUAAGUACUAUAGCAAGAUAGACUUAAAGUCCGACUACCAUCAGAUUGCUAUAAGACCUGAGGAUCGGCACAAAACUGCAUUUCAGACUAGAUACGGUCUGUACGAGUUUGUGGUGAUGCCCUUUGGCCUUUGCAAUGCGCCGGGUACAUUCCAGCACGCCAUGAAUAGGAUCUUCCAUGACUACUUAGAUAAGUUUGUCGUCGUGUACCUUUACGAUAUUCUCAUCUUUAGUAAGUCUGUCGAGGAGCAUGCACAGCACGUAGAGACUGUACUAUCACUCCUGCGACAGCACAAGUAUAAGGUCAACCUAGAGAAAUGUGAGUUUGGACGCACUAGGAUCUUGUACUUGGGUCAUGAGGUAUCCGCGGAAGGAAUUAGGCCGGAAGAUGCGAAGGUGGCUAGUAUCGGGGACUGGCCACGACCUCCGACUGUUACUGAGGUCAAAUCUUUCUUAGGGAUGUGCAACUACUAUAGGAACUUUGUGAAAAACUAUUCCACAGUCGCCUCUCCUUUGACUGAUCUAACUCGACUUGACACGCCAUGGGACUGGAGUGACGAGUGCGCGGCUGCUUUCAAACGAUUGAAGCAUGCACUCAUGAAUCAUGAGGUUCUCAUGGUGCCCGAUCCUCAGAAGCCUUUCAUUGUGACCACUGACGCAAGCCAAUACGGCAUUGGCGCAGUGCUGGCUCAACAGGAUGGGAAGAAGUUGAGACCGAUUGAGUAUAUGAGCAAAAAGAUGCCAUCAAAAAAACUGGCAAAGUCCACCUAUGAAAGGGAACUCUAUGCUCUCUACAAGGCACUUGUCCAUUGGAGGCACUUUCUGUUGGGACGGUUUUUCUAUUUGAGAACUGACCAUCAGACCCUUAAAUGGAUCAAGACUCAACCGACUCUUUCUGAUGCACUAAAGCGCUCGAUUGAGGUCAUAAAUCAGUAUGACUUCAAGCUAGAGUAUCUAAAGGGAGAGUACAACAAGGUUGCAAAUGCGCUAUCACGUAGGGCAGACUACCUAGGGGCGCUAGCUUCUGAGUUUGGUGUAUCUGAGGAAGUAACUCAAUCGUUGGUGGGAGCCUAUCAGGAAGACCCUAUCACGAUGGACAUUAUACGCAAACUUCAGGCGAAAGAUAAGGCCGCAUAAGAUGAGUUUGUGAUGGUGGACGGGCUAUUCUUUCUUGAUAAGGCCGGAUUUAAAAGAUUACUUAUUCCAUCUAGUGAGCAUUUGCGCAG